GGAAAAAUACAAUUUACAUGUAAACGUAAUAUAGAGAUAGAUUAUUUAAUUUGUCGCUUAGAAACGAUAGUCUUAUGUAAAAAAAUAACAAAGGGAAUCAAAACGGAAUAGCCAAAAUAGGAAUAGGAAUCUGUUAAGCACAUAAAUUGUACUUUCAACCUUCACUUGAAUCAGCGCCUUUGUAGUACUGUUUACAAUAACAGUUAAAAAAUAUACAUGCUUUAAAAAAAACCUAAAAAUACAAUAGUAACGUGGGUUGUAAUAAUUCUAAAUAUGAAAAUUAAUAAUAAUUAGAAUAGACUAAGUUUUACAUAACGAUUUAUUGUUUUAUGAAUAAAGUGUUAAAAACCAGUACAAUAUUUUUUUUCAAAAAUUAAAACUGUAUUAAGUAUUUGAUUAAUUGUAUAAAAUAUAUAUUUAUUACGAAUACAUACAUAAUUAGGUACAUAAUUCGGACGAUUUUUUUAUUUAUUUCUGCGGUGGGUGGACGAGCUCACAGCCCACUUGGUGUUAAGUGGUUACUGGAGCCCACAGACAUCUACAACGUAAAUGCGCCACCCACCUUGAGAUAUAAGUUCUAAGGUCUCAAGUAUAGUUACAACGGCUGCCCCACCCUUCAAACCGAAACGUAUUACUGCUUCACGGCAGAAAUAGGCAGGGUGGUGGUACCUACCCGUGCGGACUCACAAGAGGUCCUACCACCAGUAAAAAUUGUUAUCGCUUGUUGGCUUGUCUUUUAGGCCAAGAGGAUUUAAUGUGCAAACGAUGUACGAACAUAUCGCCGUGCUUAGGCAGAUGUUCAUGGACAUCAGCCAGGUUAGGAUUAAAUAACUUGAAGGGGUUUCAAGUUGGCUCCGGGCCGCAUAAGCGAACACUACGCUUGCAUAGGUCACGACGGGGCGUAUGCAAGUUUUGUAGUGUAACUUUAGUUCGAAGGGACAAUUUACUUCGCUUGCAAAUCAUGGGAUAGAGGCGUCCUAAUAUGAAGGCGGCACGGUCGCGUACCGUUUUGAUGAGGGGUCGGAAUGUCAUCACCUUCGAGGCCUACGGUAUGGGCAGGCCAAAGAGAGUGAUGGGGCUAACGGCGGAGGUGUUAACGCGCCUAUUGAGGAGAGGGCUGCUCGAAGUGGUAUUCGGGAGGCGACCCCUUUUGAAUAGCACCGCUGCUUUUCGUGGCGUUGAUUUCAAUGCGCCACUUCCGGAACCACUGUCCCAAGGUGGUUACUGCGAUCUGGAGUCGCCGAUGCAAUAGCGACUUCUUCCUACACGAGUAGUAGAUAGCCGUGUCAUCGGCGAAGAGCGCUAGAUUAUGCUGAAUAGCCUCGUCAACACGUCUGUUCUUUCAGGAUAAAUACAUUAAUAUAAAAGGCUGUUCAAAGAAGGCUCAUUGUACGCCGCGCUCCCGGCACUGCAUCUCAUAAGCCUAAGUGCAUUAAAAAUACAAGCAAAGUUAUAGAGAUAAAAAUAUGUUAGUUAUAUAUAAUAGCUUUUUUAAUAUGUAAAACGAAUUUUCCGUUUUACAUGUUGGAAUGCGCGUAAAAAAUAAAGGGAACUAGCGUUAAUCACGAAAGUAAUCAAUCGUUUAUUGCGUAAUGAAACGUGCCUGAACGUAGCUCUUCCUCUCGAGAUCAUUAUCGCACUUACUACUUAAAUCCAUUUGAUUUAAUUAUUAUUUUUAACUCGAGCACACAAGCACAACUGAUGUUGGGAUCGGUUUUUUUUUCCCUACCUAUGCUGAUAGCCUUGAGAGGCUAUUUCAGCUUCGCCCUAACGUUUGUAGGUGAGCUCACGGAGCUCAACCGGAGAGUUGCUAACACUGACCCUAGCAAGAGCAGUGCUUCGCAGAAUCUACCACCGGAUCGGAAACGCGACCCACUGAGAAGAUCCGGCGAGAAACUCAGUGGGCUGUGUCUAUGGGUUAGUUCGCUCGUCGAGCCCUUCGUCGCAAGCGACGGGUUCGACGGGGACGGUGACCGGUGCUUGUGGUGCCUAAAAGCACCGUUAAUGGAUCAGGAGGAUCCGUAAUUACGUGCUUUGGGUUUGGGAUCGGUAAGGACUACGGAGAGAUAUGAGUCUUGCACGUGCGCCCUACCUAUAUACCUACCUACUUGCCAACACACUCGCGUCACAGCAGUAGGUAUUAUUUAAUUUCUAGAGACGAGUCGAGUCGCAGUUCACCGCACGUUAAGCUAUUGCCACAAUCAAUAACUGUGGAUGAAGUCGAAGUUAACCUGCAUUCACUUCUUUCGUGUGGAAUCUACAGGGUCCAGCCAGGCUCGUUAUGCUCAUGUGUCCCGAGUGUCAGAGAGCUCCGUGAGGGCGCCUGUUAAAAAUAUCGAUUGAUUCUUUAUAUUUGUCAAAUAGCCAUUGCAAUAAAACGAUGGAGAUUUGAAACGGCUGCUGGCACAAUUCGCAAGCAAAAUUAGUUAACUUAACGUUUAAUGAAAUAUUAAGUUGCUUCUUUAAUUAUUUCCAGUCAAGUCCUUAGUCUUUUUGAUCUGUUGCAUCUGUUGUAUUUCUCAAAUAAGCUUAAACGGCCGUGACGUUUCUGUUGUAACUUCACCCUUAAAUCUGCAAUCCAUAGCACCAUCGAUUCGACUCGUUGUGUUUUUGUUUUCAACAAUCGAGAAGCGCUCGCAUCUUUUCACUAACCAUAACAAAAAGUACUUGUAUAAACUGUAUUAUUUAUUUUAUUUAUUUAUUACACUUAAUGUAAAAUUUACAUUGGCGGACUUAAUUGCCUAAGGCAUUCUCUACCAGUUUCAAGCUACCAGUCAACCAAAGGUAGUGCAUAGUAAAUAGUGGUAGGUGCAAUGAAAUUAAAUUAAAAAACAUUUAUAGGAAUAUCGUUUCAACGAUCAAUUACGAUGAAGCAAUCUAUCACCCAUUCGCUGCUUACAUAAGUGUUGGUGACCACUGACUAGUGUCGCUCAAGUCUCUAUUGUUAAUACAGGAAGCUAUCUUUAUUUUCAUUUUAUAGUUAAUCGAAUAACCUGUUUGUAGUGUUAGUAGUGUACGAAUGAUAUAAUUCGGUGUCGAGAGGAAUCUGUAAGAAAAACGAAUUGCAGUCGGUGGUUGCGAUCGUGUACGUUAGCAUAAAAGCGCGAGAAGGGCGCGCGCCUGCGCAUUGCCGCUCCCUCCCUCUCAGACACAACGUGACCGACAUGGGGCGACAGGCAUUUUUCGCGGUCUGGUGCCUGUUAGCGUUUGUGGAAGCGCUCUGUGACUCGACUUCCGCAAAGAGUGUAGCUAAAGACAAUAUAAGUGCAGAAAGUGCUCCGCGUCUUUAUCGCAACGUUCCCGUCGGCGUGUACGCAAGCGCAACACCUUACGGAUCGUACUCCAUUCCGGUCAAGUUCGUAUCCGCUCCCAGAACGGCAGCUUCGCGACUAGUACCAGUAAAGGAGGCUUACCAAAACGCUUAUCUGAAGGAUUCGUAUGGAAACAGAUUUAUUGGAUCGCCACAGUCAUUGCCAUAUAAGACGACUUAUCCACAGCAGUUUGUGCAACUUCAAGAACUUCCGGCUCAUCUGUCCCAACCAAUUGUCGCUGCAGCACCCAGCUACCAGUACAGACAACCGACGCCGUUUAUUGUGAAUUCACACUAUACUCUGCCAUUGCAACAGGUAGCGCAUAGAUUCGGCUCCUCACAACCAUAUGCUUUUGGGGAAAACAUCAAAACUCUAGCGCCCAAUGCACCAGCAACCACACAAUCCCAAAGUCAUCCAACAGCUCAGCAACAAUCAACAAGUCAUAAAGCAGUUUAUGCUAACACGCAAUCUCAAGAUAACUAUAAUGUAAGAAACGGUCCAAAGUACCAGCGCCUGCAACAGGGACUAAAAGAUGCUGAAGUAAUCAGAAGCGAGCUAAAUUCUGCACAAGAUAAUGCCCAAAAUGAUAAGGCAAAGUUGCAGGACGUGCCCGCCAAAGAAACUGCAAUUACGACUGUUGUUAACGGACAAAAGACGGUGAUAAAUUUGGACACAAAACCUGUGCUACCUUUAUUAGACUUAAGCCUGCUAGAACCACUCACGUUUGCUAAUCCACUCGUUCCUCAAGUGCAACAUUUCUUACCGAGGAUCAACCAAGCCACAUAUGUUAAACUACCUAAACCAGAAAUUACAGAAAACAAAAACUACCAAAAAGAAUUUAUGAUUCAGAAGACUAAAUCUUAUGACAGUGGACUUAUUAAAGGAAAACCUCAGAAAUUAUCUCCAAAAAAUAAAGUAAAGCGCCCUCAGCCAGAAGACGAUACUGACAUACAAAGAGAUGUGCCUCAUACACCCACUGUAACAGUUAAAGAUACUUCUAAUGCAAGUCCGGAAAUUUCUUAUGAAAUUAAUUCUCCAAAUUAUAAGGAGACAUACAAAGAAAAGGCUGUUAGUUACAAUAAGGAGACAAAUUCUGAACCAGUGCAUUACACUUAUGGUUCAAAUACUGCAAAGAAACCAGUUCAUUACAGCUACAGUCACAGCUCGAAUGAACCCGCGAAGAUUAAAAAAGUAUACUAUCACAGCAGUAACGGAGAGCCAAAGCAGUUGAUAUAUAAGUUUAAUUCCGAAGAACAAAAUAAAGAACAGAAUGGGGAAGAAAAGGAAAAAUCUCAAGAAGCACCUUCUCAACACGCCGAAAAUUCAAGUGGAGAAUCCCAUUUCGAUGGUUCUGAAAAAGAGAGUUCUGAAGAGCAACAUGAAGAUGAUGAAGCAGUGCAACAAAACAGCAAACAUUUGCAUCCUGAGCAUAGAGAAGAAUAUCAUGAACCUCCCAGUGAACAAUAUAAGAAAGAGCAACAUAAUAAACAACCCCAAUAUCACUCACGGCCACACGCUACAGUACAAAAUGCAGAACAGUUUCAUCCUGUGACACAUUACGAGGAAAACAUUCAGUUGAUCCCGCCCAAUAAAUUAGGUCAUAUUAAAGUCGAUCCGGGACAGCACGUACAGCAACAACCACCUCAGCCACAAAACCAGUCACCACCACAAAAUUUUGAUCAUCCUAUAAUUCACGAAAGACCGCAUAAUGUCCCGCAACAUAUACAUGAAAAAACCCGGAAGGUUAUAAUACAGGAAGAAACUCCUGAAGAAAUGCAUUCUAUUCACGAGCAGAUGAAAGCUGAAAUGAUCGAUCACGAAGAAAACAACGAAGAAGAUUUCGAGAAAGCCUACAAAGAUGCCGCGUUUGGUUUUCCUGCUUACGAAAGACAUUCAGACGAUGUAGAGAAGGAUAUUUAUAAUCCAGAAAUUUACGGAAUACCUCGUGAUCAUAGUAAUUUCGAAAUUGAGCAUGUACCGUUUCAGCAAUAUCAGGAUCACGGAGACGAAUUUCCAAAAACCACUCGCGUUAACUAUAAAGACGCUAGAGACAAAACUAAGGAAGACUAUUACUUAGAUUAUUCUAUCAGCCGACCGCAAAGUUUGACUGAUCGCUACAGAAACAAGGUAGAUUACUACAAAUUAUAUAAGAAUCAAAAACCGGAAAAGUACACCGUUUACGAUACCGAUAAAAACCAGGAGAAGCAAAGUUCAAAGUACACAGUAGUUCCGUAUGUAUUCGGAACGGUUGAGGAUCAGAAACCCAAACAAACCUUCGCAAAGUAUCAAGCGAAACCCCUUGUUUAUGAAUACGACUAUUCCAAAGCGGCGCCUCGUGAUAACAGCGCGUAUGCAUCACAACCAUAUCAGAACUACAAGAGCAAAACCUUGUUUGUUGAGCCUCAAUUUCAAUACGGUUUCGAGCCCAUUGCAAUUCCGAGACUAUUGGACAGUGAACUCGCAGCUAUGGCCAGUAAUAAUCGGCCAGAGAGCGAGAAACCGGGAAUGCGAAAAAAAAUAUAUAAAGAAAAUUUUUACAUCAAGAAAACGAGCACGUUAGGCGGAGAACCGACUAGUUGAUAAAAAAUAAAUUAUUUUAAUUUAUUAUUUAAGAGGUUUACAGUAAUUUAAUUAGAUUAUUAUAGUAGAAUAGUAUUUGUCCUUUUGUUUUGUUUUUAUAAAAGUUUACCCCAGAAGCUACUAUUCCUUUCAUUGCAGGUUUUAGAAAAUAAAACUAAAUAACAUUGUAUAAAAUAACUUGUGUAAUAAUACUUUUGCCGUUGGCGUAUUACGUGACCGCAAAUACAAGACUUGUCCUAAUUUGGGUUCGUUCUUCAACAAACAAGCAAAGAAAAGUGGCUCUAACCGACGAGCUCACUAACCGUGGAAUAAGCAAAAAGUCUUCGAUCACAAUUCUUCAUGCCUUCUGACCGGAUUAAAUAAGCCGUUUCUACUUACAGCAACCGUCUGAGGAAACAGAUCGUUUUCGAAAUAUUUUACCAACUACUUAGGUGAUAUUCUCUGUGAAAAUCGCAACCUUCAUUGAUUUACAUUCAACUGGCUUUUAAUGACAAUCACAAAGUAAGUACCUAAUUGUGUUCAGAAACUCAAUUUUUUUAUAUCAUGAAUUAGGUUAGGGUGACUUAACUAUAUUAUAUUAAAGUAAUGGAUAUCAAUCAUAUCGAAUAAGAAGAAAAAAAACAUUUAAGAUUUUUUAUAACAUUUGAUUUUAUUUAUUGGCGUAAAUGGCCAGUUGCGCUUAAGAUCCACUAGCGGCUAUCAGAGCCGACAGAUUCCAAAGAAUUUACUUUAAUUAUUAGGUACGGAAAAUUAUGAUUAUACCAAGGCCACUUGGAACUCGAAAGAGUAAAAAUUCGAAUCGUCUAUUGGGCAAAACUCAAUUAUGAACGCCGAGACAAGUUGCCAAUAGUUUAAUAAGCGUUAAAAAAACCUUUGUAAUAAUUUGAUUGAAAUAGUUUGAAAAAUUCACAAAUAGCCUAAUAAUAAUCAACCGUUGA